AUGGUUUCUGCAAGAAAGUGGUGUCUUCGGCUGACCGAUGUCCGUUGCAAAUGGUUUUUGUUGCGAAGUGGAGUCUGUUGCAAAGCGGCGCCCGUUGCAAUGUCGUUCCUUUUGCAAAAUGGUGUCCGUUGCAAUGUGGUUUUUGUUGCAAACUGGUAUCUGUUGCAAAGUAGUGUCCGUUGCAAAUGGUUUCCGUUGCGAAGUGGCGUCUGUUGCAAACUAGUGUCCGUUGCAAAUGGUUUCUGUUGCGAAAUGGAGUCUGUUGCGAACUGGUUUCUGUUGCAAACUGGUGUCUGUUGCAUAUGGUUUCUUCUGCGAGCAGAUGUCUGUUGCGAAAUGUCCUCUGAACAGAGUGGUUUCUACUGCAAAAUGACGCCUGUUGCAAUGCGGUUUUGUUACACAGUGGUAUCUGUUGCAAAAUGGUGUCCGUCACAAAUGGUUUCAGUUGUGAAGUGGUGUCCUUCGCUGACCAGUGUCCGUUACAAAUGGUUUCUGUUGCGCAGUGGAGUCUGUUGCAAAGCGGUGCCCGUUGCAAUAAGUGGUUUGUGUUGCAAACUGGUGUCCGUUGCAAUGUGGUUUUUGUUGCAAAGUGGUAUCUGUUGCAAAGUGGUGUCCGUUACAGAUGGUUUCUUUGUGAAGUGGUUCUGUUGCAAAGUGGUGUCUUUGGCUGACCGAUGUCCGUUGCAAAUGGUUUCUGUUGCGAAGUGGAGUCUGUUGCAAAGCGGUGUCCGUUGCAAAGUGGUUUCUGUUGCAAAGUGGCGUCUGUUGCAAACUGGUUUCUGUCGCAAACUGGUGUCUGCUGCCAAAUGAGUGGUGUCCGUUGCAAAGUGGUUUCUGCUGCGCAGCGGUGUCUGUUGCAAAAUGGUGUCUGCUGUAAACUGGUGUCUGUAUCAAGCUGGUUCUUGUUGCAAACUGGUGUCUGUUGCAAAAUGAAAGAGUGGUUUCUGUUUCAAAGCGGUGUCCGUUGCAAAGUGGUUUCUGUUGCAAACUCGUGUCGAUUCUGAACGAUGUCCGUUGCAAAUGGUUUCUGUUGCGAAGAAACACUGUUUUGCUUUGGACCACCGUGCUCUGCAUGGUCCGAGUGGGAAGAUUGGACUCGUUGUUCGGCUGACUGUGGUCCUGGCCAGAAAGCGCGAUCGCGGCAGUGCCACAGUGCUGAUGGAGCUCCAUCUGAAGAUUGUUCUGGAUUGUCAUCGGUAA